AUGGCUAAAACAAAAGGAAAUCCUUUAAGGAAAAAAAGUUGUUCUGGUUUAAGCAAGUUUAAAGAGGCAUAUCGUGGCAAGUAUACAACCCAGGGAAAUGAUUUGAAAAAACUCAACGCAGAAGCAAUUACAGCAUGGAAAAAGUUGACAUCAGAAGAACAAGAUCACUAUAAGCGUCUAGCUAAGGAGGAAAACGCUGGUAUAAAAGCUUACGAGGAGGUAGCCGAAUAUAAAGCAUGGGAGAAGAAGGAUGGGCACAAAAAACUGUUGGAGGAUGCUUAUUUCUUCUUGUGGUAUGUGGAUAAAAGAAGAGGAGAGGAAGUUGUUGAACAGCAUGAUGGUGAAGAGGAAGAGGAGGAAGAGUUGGAACAUGAUGACAAAGAAGAGACAGGAGAUGAAAAUGAAGAGGAGGGAGAAUUUGGAGAAGAUGAGAAGGAGGAAGAGGAAGGACAAUUUUGCUAUGUUGUGGAGCCGAAAACAGCCAUAAUGUAUGUGCUGGACUCGAUGCUACCAUCUAGUAAAGAAUCAAAGAAGAAAAAGAAGAAUAUAAAGAGAGCGAAGGAAGCGAUGUUGCCGAAAGAGAAGGAAAAAAUGAAAAGCAGGUUUGUAGAAAUAUUAAUAAAACUGAAACCUGAACUUGUUGAUGACAAUUAUGACCUUGAGUUGAAAGUAGUGCCUAUGGAACAACAACCGACGACAUCUAAUUGUGGAAUGUAUGUCAUCUUUUGCCUUAGACAGUGGAAUAAUACUGCACGAGAGGAAUGGGACAGCCUUACUAUGCCUCCUCUAACAAUGGAACAAUUGAGUGAAAUGAGGGGUGAGGUUAGGGAAUUUCCAACUGAGGUUUUUGGAACCCAAUCUGUGGCAAGACUUACAAAAAAAGAGAGUUCCUAA